AUGGCUGAUGCAGCUCAGCAGAUCAUCAAUGCCUUCGUGGAAGGCUUGGUGGCUGGCAGAUCUUUGCCCACACUGCUGCCGGGAGGAAGGACCACUACCAGCAAGGUGCAGAUGGACCGCGCCCGCACUGCUUUGUCGAUCCACCAGUCUGGGGUGCGGCGUGUUCCCCUGGAGACCAUCAUGGCGAUAUCUGUGGGCGCAGAGAAUGCAGAAGAGCUCAACCUGCCGUUGCAUGACCUCUGCGUCACACUGAUGCUGGACGAUGAGCAAACGAUCUUCGCCUUUGAGUUCCCCGACGAUGAGGCGCGGGACACCUUCGCGCUGUGCCUGGGCAUGUUUGUGGACACCCGGCGUUCCGAGGCGGAGGAGGAGGCUGCCGCGGCCGCGGCAGCACCUGUGUCCAUGCCUGCCGCUCCCGUCUCCUUGCCCUCGGGCCAUGUCCACGUGUACACGAACAAAGACUUCUGGGGCCCCACGUGGUGCCAAGUGUGCAACGAGUUCUUGUCCGGCAUGAAGAACCAGGGCCAGGAAUGCCAGACUUGCAAGCAAGUGGCUUGCCACAAAUGCGCCGCCAAAGGCGGGGCUUGCGGCAAAACCUCGCCGAAGGCGAGUGCACCGCCAGCAAAAGCAGUACCGCCAGCGCCAACUGGCUACCCGGCGCAGAGCUCGGCGCGGGGAGCGCCAGCUGGCCUGGAGGCGUACCAGGACGAGGCCAUGGGCUCUGCCCGAGAUCCAAAGAAGAAGGAGCUCACAGAUGGCCAGAAGAUCGUCAAGAGGUUCGUCCAGAAGAUGGUCCGGGGCCGCGAGCUGAAGAUGCUCUCCACGACGGGGCGCUCGUUGCUGUGUUUCGUGGUACUGGACCGAGACAUCCGCCACCUCUCCAUCCAGUUGGCCGGAAAGAAGGACGCAAAGCAACGCUUCGUGAACUUAAAGAGCAUCGAGCAGAUCUAUGUGGGCCAGGAUGUGGCCGAAGAUGUAGAACUGGCCGUCACUGAGCUCUCGGUGACCCUGGUGCUCGACGAAGGGCAGGCGAUUGCAUUCGACCUGGACAACGAUGAAGAGAGAGAUACCUUUGCGAUGUGCAUGCAAAUGUUUGUGGACGGCAACCGAAAGGAUGCCGAACGACGGAAGAAGAAGAAGCCGUGA